AUGUGUGUGCGCAUUGCUAUUAACAUGGAUAUCUUUGUCACUCUUACCGAGCGCAAUCGCCCAGUGCUACUCGCCGAGUUGGCAGCAACCAGGCUAGCAAGCUCCAUCCUUGCCGAACGUGUCUUGCGUGCCCCGACGGGCAUGACCCGACAGAUGACAGAUCGGUUGAGCAUCGCUAUGAUGAAGUUCAUAUUCGAUGUUGAGAUGCCGAUGCUUGCCAAGGUUCCCGAAUUCCUGCGCCGCACUGAUUUCCACAAUCCCGAGGGCGCCACCACCGGGGCGCUGCAGUUCGUCGAACGCACGGACAAGGUGAUCUGGGACUGGAUUCCGGAACACCCAGACUAUAUGGAAAGCUGCAACACCUUCAUGGAGGGCGAUCGAGGUUCGAGGUCUAGUUGGUUAAAGUGGUUUCCAGUGCAGGAGCGCCUGUUUGAUGGCGCCUGCACCGAAGGGGAUGACGCUGUCCUCAUGGUGGACGAUUUGCUGCGUAUUCUCGAAGAAAGUACAGUAGAUGCGACGCGGAUUGAGAAAUUUGCCUUCGACCUGUUCAAACCGCAGCCAAUCCAGGGUACGAGCCGUAUCUACUACAUGAAAUUCAUCCUCCACGAUUGGUCCGACGAAGACAACCAGCGCAUUCUACGGCAGCUGGCGGGCGCCAUGCAGGCGGGUUACUCGAAGCUGAUCAUCGAGGAGUUUGUCCUGGCGGACCGCGACUGCGCCAUGCUGCAGGCCAUCAUGGAGCGGUCGCAGGCCCAGUGGACACGUCUGUUGGAGUUGGCCAGUUUCCGAGUAGUGAAGUUCUGGUCGCCUCCGGGUGAUGGGCAGGGCAUUAUCGAGGCGGAGCUCAAGGAAUGA